GCCUGUCAAGAUAUAACCAAACGACACAAGCCCCGAACAUCCAACCUGAACAUCUGACGCAACAGUAACUAACGUUGCUAAAUCCUACAAAACAUUGGGGCAGACACCAUGUCUCCCAGGUUGAAACCAUUGCUGCUACCUCAGCUUGUCGAAGAGCGUCGCAAAUUCGAAGAGCAACAGCCCGAGUUCACAGAAAGCGAAAUGGACCGACAGUACGUUUACUAUACGACAAAUUCUUCGUCUUCCGACGUUGCAUCACCCGUUACACCUACCUUCUCAACAAGGGGACAUCUACGCUACUCCAGUUCAUCUUCAUCACUUGACCUCCCGCCCACCUGCGUCAAUGAAAGCCCAUCGUCGCCAACAUCAACUAUCCACACGAAGUCUUCCAAGAGGCCACUUCCUGAUGUGCAAGAGGAACCGUUGGAGAGAGACGAACUUGACGAAAACACUAUCUUGGCUGAGCCGUUCGAUUUGUACAACUGCUUGUGUAAGUCGGCUUCUGCUUCUGUUGACUAGCUCGACACUAAUAUGACCAAAUAGGCGACGAGCCAUGCAUCCACCACGAGAGCUCUGAGACGCUCAACAGCGUGUACCCUGCCGGUUUCGAUAUCGACUAUGACCUUGGAUUUUCCAGUGAUGGCGAUUUUACAUCCACGUUGGAUACAAAGAGGAGUGGAACCGAAUCUCCCUUCUCCGGCUUGGCUACACGUUUGGGGUCACGGUUUCCACAGCUCUCGCGAUGGAAGUCUACAAAGCGGGCACAGUUGACUGCUUCGCCU